CUCGGAGCGACAGCAGCGAAACUCCGGAGGAUGGAGGCGACAGCACCGAUGGUCGGAGAACAGAGGAGAGACCUUGGAACAGGGCGAAUGGAUCAUAUCUGAGUGUCUUCGUUUUGCUGAAUGGAGCUGUGACUGAUCUGUACCUGCGUCAGGUUAUCAUCAUUGUGAGCAGAACCCAUUCCUAGGCAAUUACAAUGAUACGUCCUCCAAUCAGAAACUAGAAUGAUAAAUGAGUCAAGUGGAAGAGCGUCGCCGGGUGGAUGGAUGCUCAUCGUUUUUCCAUGAAGGACACACGCUGGAUUCUAUGCCUCUGACCGUUAACGUCACGCAGCGUGCAGAUGUGGCAAAGAUCUGCAUAUCUGCCUGAGGUCGCGUCGCUAAUGGCUGGAAAGCCGUUCGAGAUUUACAGCUCCGACCGCACGUGAACGCCUCACAAUGCCUUCCAAAGUCUCAUGUCUGUACGUGCUGACGGUCAUCUGCUGGGCGAGCGCUCUGUGGUACCUCAGCAUCUCCCGACCCACAUCAUCCUACGUGAGCCAGCAGUCCACCCCCGCACGCAAAGCCGCCAAAAGGGCCAACAACGACACCUUCGGGAACAUCAGGACGCGGCCGCUGAACCCCCACGCAUUCGAUUACAUCAUCAACGAGCCCAAGAAAUGCGAGACCAACGUUCCCUUCUUGGUGAUCCUCAUAACCACGACGCACAAGGAGUUCGAUGCCCGGCAGGCCAUCCGAGAGACGUGGGGCGACGAGAGCACCUUCAGCGACCUCCGCUUCAUCACGCUCUUCCUGCUGGGACGCAGCGCGGACACCGUGCUCAACCAGAUGGUGGAGCAGGAGAGCGAGAUCUUUCACGACAUUGUGGUGGAGGACUUCGUCGACUCGUACCACAACCUCACGCUCAAAACUUUGAUGGGAAUGCGCUGGGUGGCCACCUUCUGCAACCAGGCCAAGUACGUGAUGAAAACGGACAGCGAUAUCUUCGUCAACAUGGACAACUUGGUGUAUAAACUCUUGAAGCCGGCAACCAAACCCAGACGGAGGUACUUCACCGGCUACGUCAUCAACGGGGGACCUAUAAGGGACAUGCGCAGCAAGUGGUACAUGCCCAGAGAUCUUUAUCCAGAGAGCAAGUACCCUCCGUUCUGCUCGGGCACGGGGUACGUGUUCUCCGCCGACGUGGCCGAACUGAUCUACAAGACUUCUCUGCACACCAGACUCUUACAUCUUGAGGAUGUUUACGUCGGUGUGUGUCUCAGAAAAUUGGCGAUUCACCCGUAUCAGAACAGUGGCUUCAAUCACUGGAAAAUGGCUUACAGUCUCUGCAGGUACCGGAGAGUCAUUACCGUACAUCAGAUCUCCCCCGAGGAGAUGCACCGGAUCUGGAACGACAUGACCAGCAAGAAACAUCUCAAGUGUUAGAUGCCCGAGGACGUGAUGUGCCCUUUUAUAAUACCAGUAAUGCAAAAGAGUUUUGGGACGCGUGGAGCACAUACUGUAGAAAACAAAAACCCUUUUGAGACAUUAAAGCGAACUAACAGGCAGACAAAUGGAUUUGAUGAUGUAACAGUGGGAUGAGAAUUGAUUUGUUAAUAUUAGAACUCCGCAGGUCUGUUUAAACACUAAAGGCGGAUUAGAAUGAACGCACGCUUGAACAUGAUCGCAGGAGGUGCUUUCAUGCGGAUGCAAAGCCAAUGCGCAUCAGAUCAUAUGAAUGUCGAUGAAAUUUCGUGUCGUUUUUGCACAGCCAGGACAGAACAGAACCUGUGCACACAGCCAACCUGCACUUCUGUGGAGUCUGAACACAUGCAGAUUUAUUCAUACAGAUAUUUGGGUUCCUUUAAGUGAUCGAAUUCCAUAGAAUUACACAUAUGAAUAAGUGCAGUAAAAUGUGAAAAGUAGAUUUUUUAAUGUUGGACAAAUGAUGGUUCAAAACCUUACAGAAAAAACUCAUAAAUACAUCAACCAGAUCCCAUGGGUUUCACAUCUUUUACAAAAAAGUUUUUUUUAACUGCUAAUAAUUUACUAAAAAUAAGAAAACUUUCAGUUACUUAAUGUAGUUCUUAACUAGUUUACUACUGUUGCACUUACAUUUAUGCAUUUGGCAGACGCUUAAAGCGACUUACAUCGCAUUACAUUUGUUUGUAUGUGCAAUCCUUGGGAUCGAACCCAUGAUCUUGGUGUUGCUAGCGCCAUGCUCUAACCACUAAGCCACCGGAAAAAUAGUUUAUAAAAACAAUAACAUACAUUUUUAUAAACUAAAAAGUGAUCCAAUUUAUUAUCAAGCUGCACACUUACUAGUAUUCUAUUACUUACUACAUAAUGCAUACUUAAUUUAUAUCUUGACCUUGCUUACUUUUGUUUAAUGAAAUGAACUUGAAAGAGAUGAGAAUUUACAUGGGAAUCACGUGAAAAUGUGUGGUUUUGCACAUGUGAGAUUCAUGUGGCUUUUCUGUGAAGUUUAAUUUCAGUAUGCGAGACUUUUAUAUCCAUGUUUAGAAACAUAAACACUUAAAGUAAAAUAACCACAGCACUGUAUAGUUCAUAUUUACAAAUGUAAAAUUAUUUUCUUACUCCUGGAAUCCAAGCAAUGCUUUGGAAACGGCUGAGACACAUUUCUAGUUUUAUCGUAAAUGAAAGUGGCUUUAGUAUGUAGUGAGUAUUUACUGUACAUGAUCAAUCCUGUAGAAACAUGCGGUGAAGCUAUGCUGUAAAUCUGACGUUUAUGGAAGCACUUUGAAAACAAACGUGAAAAAUAGGAUCAUUUUUUUUAAUCAUCGAGAAAUGAUCGUGUUGAGGCCAAAAUGUGAUUGAUAUGUAUUUUUCUUUAUAAAUUGUUAUUGAGGGGUUGUGACAUUUAACUGUGAGAACAACAUACUAUCCCUAUGGGUACGAUUGUAUUAUACUGUGUAUUUUUUACAUAAAAAUAUAUA